GCGCCUGCUCGAGGCUCGCUCGUCUGAGCCCAAGGAUUUGGCCCGUGCGGCAGCCAGUGCGGUCGGCCGGCUGCCGACAGUUGCCGCGAAUUUUCACGCGAGCGCGGCGAAGGCAUUCUUCAAGCGCGCGCUCAAAACCUUCAAUAUCCCAGAGUCGAUCGACGCGGACUCUGACGCAACACUAAUGGUUCUGCUGUUCGAAUUUGGUGCCGGGGCACUGAGCGCCAAGAACGCAGUAGCCGGCUGCACAUCAGUUUUGAACGAGAUCGCCCUCGACAAUGCAGAGCUUGCUCUGCGUUUUGUCGUGAAUUACGCGUACUCUCCCAUCGAGCAGAUCGUGAUGCUUUUAGGCCAGAAGGCCAAAGUCGACUCGGUAGCUCAUGCCUUUUGUUCCGAGGCCGCGAAGAGAACGCCGGCGGAUCACAGAGCAAGGCUGCGCAACUUCGGAGCACGCCAGUUCAGCUCAGGUUUGCACAUGGCGUAUUCUGGUUUGAACUUCAUUCGCACUCUUCGCAGGGCUCGUAUACGACGGCGCCUUGUUGCAUUUGCGGAGAAGUGGGCGCACGUAGUAUCGGGGCUUCAGCGUCCCCGUGUGGUGGGCGUCUCGGUCGCGAGCGCUGACAUCAUGGCCAUCGGGGACAGUAUCCCGGACUAUGUGGCCGUGGCUGUUCAGAAGAACCAGGUGAAGAUGGCAGGUAAGUAUAACAGCAUGGACUGUAUGCGGUGUUUUAUGCACAUGCUUGAGUUUUGCAUGGGCUGCGCGCCCACGGAGUAUACCGAGGAGCUGCAUCAGUGGUUUCUGAAGCGGCAGUAUCGGAAGUCUGGACGCGAUGCUGCGGCGGAGCUCGCGUAUUUUGGCGUGGUGUCCUGCGACAGUAUGACCACAGCAUUGGGUCGUAUGAGGAAGGCUCUAAACACCACGUCUCAAGUGAGUGCCGCGACCAUGUAUGUAUUGUUCUGCGAGACGCGGCAGGGUCUGGGUAUCAAGUACGCGAAGUCGUACACUAAGAAGAAGCUCGCGGUGCUGGUGCAGCGCGGUAUGCAGAAGCCUGCAGGCGCGGGGGCGCGGAAGAGGAGUGACGAGGAGCUGGUAUCCGCAGUGCGCGCUCGCGGCGGCUCCGAGUAUGAAAGAAUGAAAAUGCAGGGAAGGCCAGUGUUGGCGUGGGCGGAGGCAUCCAGCGUGGCGCCCGCACCGAGGCAGCCCUCGACUCCCAGGGUGGCCCGCGGGCGCCCCUGCGGAGUGGGCCACGGCGGGGCCGUGCCAGGCCCCGGCGGCCUCGGCCCCAACAGGAGGCUCGACAUGCGCAUCCGCGAGCCUCGCAUGGGCAGCCGCACGUCACGCUGGCUCUUGGCCGGAGCCUUCGCGCCGCCCGAGUUGUUGCCGGGAGUGGAGCUGGCCAGCGGCGGGGCAGUGGGCAACCAGGCGAGCGACAUCGAGGCCACCUGCGUCCAGGAUCUGCCGAGUCCUGGCCAGAACAUCUCCCGCAGGCCGCCCGUCUUCGACGAGCGUGAGAGGAUCCCGUGCUCCCUCCUGGGCCCCAGCCGGUUCGGCCGCGAGCCGGCCGAGCCCGCGCGUCCCGGUCGGCACCAUGUCGAGGUCGACGCCGUCCCGCUCCAUCUCGUAGGGGCGGCGGAGGGCAUCAAGGCCAAGGAGGUAGAGAGGGCCUCCAGCAGACUCCAGUGUGCCGUGACGGCG